UGGACCUGUACAGUCUACGCCAAAACCAAACGGUAUGACUAUACGUGUGGCUGUAGUCACUGAGCUUCGUGGAUGGAUGGGAUUGGAUUUGAACAAGGCUCCAUUUCAAAUCCCUGGAGUUUAUUUUCAGAAAAUAAUCCCGCAAGCUCCUAGUUUCGCUGUUGGUAGCUCUGCUAUUUCUAAUCUAAGAGAAAUGGUGGAUGGGGCAGAGAUAGUGAUUGGAGAUCCCCCGCUGAUUGGUCCUCACUGGUACAACAUGCCGCCUAGCGUCAAGUGGAUACAGUCAACUUGGGCUGGUGUUGACCACCUCUGCAAAAAAUUUCUCACUCAAAGCAAGCCUUCACCACACUUUACUUUCACACGACUGGGGUCUGGCUUUGGUGUUCCUAUGGCAGAGUACACACUUGGUCAGAUAAUAGCAAUGGAAAGGCACUUUCAUCAGUACACUGGUGAUCAAGCUGAAAAGAAAUGGGUGUGGAGAGAACGUGAUUAUGGAGGUUAUAGAAUGUUAGGUGAUCUUACAGUGGGCAUACUGGGAGUUGGAGUUAUUGGACAAACCAUUGCUAAAUAUUGCAAGUCCUUGGGCAUGACAGUGUGUGGCUUAGUUCGGAAAGAGAUUCCUGUUGAUCAGAGAUCUCCUGUCAUCGAUCAAUAUUAUCUUAGACACUCGCUGACCAAUCUGCUUCAACGUUGUGACUACAUCUGCAAUGUAUUGCCAAGUACAGAUGCAACUCGAAACUUGUUAUCUGACAACUUGCUUUCAAGCUGCAAACCAAAGGCUCGAUUCAUCAACACCGGACGAGGUGACGUUAUCAGUGAUGAAAGCUUGCUUGAAGCAUUGAGGCAAGGUUGGAUUGACUAUGCUGUUUUAGAUGUUUGUAACACAGAGCCAUUGCCUCGAGACAGUCCACUAUGGGAGCAUCCAAGAGUUACAAUUACACCUCACAUUGCGGCAAUAUCUACACCAUCAACAAUCAUGGAGACUUUCAAAGAAAACUUGGAAUUGUAUAGACAAGGAAAGGAGUUGAAAUAUCAAGUUGACUGGACCCAAGGCUAUUAGCGACAAGAAAGAACCAACAAUAGACUGGAUAGUAUUUGUACUUUUUGUGAUAUGUUCAAAUUGUAGAUCUUUGCACCAACCAGAUUGUAUAAUCAUGAUUCCUAGAUACUGCUCCGUAUUAUCUACUCUUUCUCAGACAAAAGUCCUCAUCAUGAGGCAGAGUGAUAAUCAAAACAUAGAACAGCCACAAAUGAUACU